AUGUUGGACAUAGAUAAGCCCAGGAAAUGGAGUCCUCGGAAGGAUCGUAUCCAUAAACUAUUGGAAAUAAGUUGGGAAAAAUCCAUGAUCACGGAUAAAGCAAAGAAACUGAAGAAAGAUGGAUCUCUCAGAAUUUGCAUCGACUACAGAGAAUCAAACAAAAUCACUCGACGUGAUUCGUACCCACUUCCAAAGAUUGACACAGUACUUCAGUGCCUGAAUGGGAAGAAGGUCUUUUCCACAAUGGAUUUAACUUCCGGCUACUGGCAAAUCCGCCUCUCGGAAGAAGCAAGAAGGAAAAGUGCUUUUACGACAAGUGAGGGGCUAUAUCAGUUUACCGCGCUGCCAUUUGGGUUAUCCACCAGUCCAGCAGACUUCCAGUCAAUGAUGGAUAUGGUUCUGGAAGGGCUAGAUGCUGUGUUGGGAGCGCUACGUAAGGCGAAUCUACGUCUGAAGCCCCAGAAGUGCGAGUUCUUCAAAGAGAGUGGCCAUCUGAUAGACAAGAAUGGGGUAAGAACGGAUUGUGAAAAGCGGAAGGUAGCGAAUGGCUCAAAACUGAGAGAGGAUGACGAUUAUAGGGAGAUUCUCAACAGCAUCAACGUAGGUAACGGUUACAAAGACGUGAAGGUGCCCAGAUGCUCCCGAAGAUUUCGUGUGGCCGACUUUUUUGUAGAUGAUGGAGAAUUGGAGUUAGUUCUAGAGAACUCAAUGGUAAAGGUGGUGCCUAAAUCAAAAAGAAGAAAGUUGUUCGACGAGGCACAUGAAGGUCUGCUAGCAGGGCACCUCAACGCCCGCAAGUUGUACCGUAAGCUCAAAAAGAUUGUGUUCGGGGAAGGCAUGGAGGCCGACAUCUCGAAGUGGUCGGAAGAAUAA